AUGGCAGCUUUGACAGAUUGGAGACAGGAUCCACAGCUUAGUCACAAACACAAUCUAAGCAACGAAAAACACCUCUUUUCUUCCUCAACCUACUUCUUUGCCAUUAAGGUGUAUCAUGCUGCUGAGGGUACCAUGUGUAAAGAUGAAAAAGGAAAAACAGAGAAGAGGGACGGAGAAGUCAAGGAAAGUUAUUAUAUUGAAAGUAGUCUGGUUGCAGAUAUAAAGGACAAUGAACAGACUGAAAAAUGUUCCUGGAGUUAAGCUUGUGAUAUUGAUAGUUCAAGAAUGGACAGAAAACAUGGGAAAUACGUAGUGAAUAUUGAACCUUCUGGCAACCGACCAGUGACGCGAAAUUUCUUCAAUGACUGGUCUCUGUGGAAAAUCUUCCUGGUUUGUCUCUUAGCCAGUGUGAUAACAACAGCAAUCGGAGUACUCAUACUGUCCCUGGUAUACAGUGGGAAAAACAGUAAUGCCUCUAUUGUUAUCCAAUUUCCCCAAAGCCAUGGGACACCCUCAUCUACUACUGGAACAUCCUCUUCAACAAGUUCUGAACCUAGAGUUACCACUCCCGUAAUAGACGCUACCACAACAUCCACUUCAACUGAGCCUGUUAUCAUAACGACCACUGCCAGGACUUCAACAGAACCCACCAGCACAACAACCACCACCAAUGCCUCAACUGAAACUACAAUAGUAUCAGUUACCACUGCACCUGAAACAACAACAACAGUGACGGCAGGAACGGCCAAUGAGGUUACAACCACAGCAGUCGCCAUUACUACUUCUACAGAAGAUACAACCACAUCAGCCACCACCUCAACUGAAUCAACCACCACAAUAGCUGCAAGCACUUCUACUACAUCUAUAACCACAAUGGUCACGAGUACAGUUUCUACUGAACCCACAGCAAGAACAGUAGCCACCACCUCAACUGAACAGAUUAACACAAACACUAUAGGCACUACCACUAUAUCUACAACUCCAACGGCCACCAGUACUGUUUUUAUUGAACCGACAACCACAACAGCAGUCAGCACUGCAGCUGAAGUGAUUACCACAACUAAAAAGAUGUAUGUUCAUAGCAACCAAAGCAGCGGGGGCAUGUGGUCAAGACUUGUUCAAUCUAUUAGAAGCCAACUUUGUGCAAGGCGUAAAAAGAAGCUCGCAGAAACACUGGCUGCACAAAUUAAGAAGAAAUGCCAACUCAUUGACAAGCUUAGUGCUUCUAAAAAGGAGUAUGAGGAGAUUGAAGCAUCUUUAGAGAAUGUCCGGCUGGCGAAUAAGUCUUUAAAUAUACCCAGUCUUAUAGACAAUUACAAAAAGGUGAAGAGCUCCAACUCAAUGCUGAUGGAAGAAUUAACGUAUCUGGUGCAAGAAACAAAAAAGGAGAAAUCCAAAGGCUCUAAACAAGAAGAGGCAAUGAAGGAGAUAUUAAAAAUGCUGCAGUCCCUAGAAGAGGGUAUGAAAAUCACCCUGUCACAAGAAGCUUUCCCACAGCUGCCAGGAGGCCAGCAGCCAAGUCCCGCUGGUCUCUUCCCCAGGAGUGGUCCUGGAUCUUAA